AUGGCUACCCGGAAAUGCGCAGCGGUUGUCGUGGGAGCUGGUCCGGCUGGAGUCGCCGUCAUGGGGAAUCUGCUAGAGCGUCAACUGGGUACAAUCGCAUGGAUUGACCCUUCGUUCGAGGCCGGGAGAGUCCACAGCAAGUACCGCGAGGUUCCCAGCAACACAAAGGUUUCACUAUUUCAAGCGUUUUCAAAAGCCACCCAACCUUUCCAGAAAGUAAUCGACAACACCAAAUCACCUAAUGCGUUCUCCACAUUGGCCAAACUCGACCAGGAAUCCACCUGCAGCCUCGGGUUUGCAGCAGAUAUGGUCCGCAGCCUGACCACCGGGCUAAUGAAGAUGGAGGAAGUAUACGCAUGCCAUGGUAUGGUCAAAUCGGCCAACCUGAACGAAGCGACCUCCAACUGGACCAUUCGCAUCAAGCAGAAUUCAUCCGAAGAUCUCGAGAUCGAAGCUGCCCGUCUGAUCCUCUGCACCGGCUCCUUCCCCACAGCAGCUCCCAUUCCGGUCUCGGGACUGAACAUCCAGCGCCUGGACCUUGACCUAGUCCUCAAGCCCAGCGAUCUAGCAAAGGCCCUUCCAACGGACAAUUCCACCACCGUCGCUAUCGUCGGAGCAUCCCACAGCGCCAUUCUCGCCAUCCUCAACCUCACCAAGCUCGCCCAAACUUCUCACCCUCUUUUGCGCAUUCAGUGGUUCACCCGCCACCCGCUCCGCUACGCAGAAUUCAAGGACGGCUGGAUCCUACGCGACAACACAGGUCUCAAGGGCCUGGCUGCCGACUUUGCCCGCUCCGAGUUAGAAGACGACAAGCUUCCCACUUCGCUCGCAGGCCAGGUGUUGACCAAGAUCGACUGCGCCGGUGGUCAGGAUGCCGAGGCUAGCCAGUACGAGAAGUACUUGCCCGGAUGUGACUAUCUUGUUCAGGCCGUUGGGUACACCCGUGGCUCGCUCCCUGAUCUCUCGAAGAAUGGCAAUCCCAUCGCCGUCGGCUUUGACCAUGACAGUGGCAGGUUCCAUGAGCCCGGUCAGACCUCUGAUAUCCCCGGUCUCUUUGGUGCCGGUAUUGCGUUCCCUGAGCGCGUCGUGGACCCCCAUGGCAAUGAGGAGUAUGCGGUUGGGUUCUGGAAGUUCAUGAAGUUCCUGAAGCGGGUCGUGCCGUCGUGGACUGCUUGA